GCUUAGGCAGAGAUAUAGCCUUGGUACUGAUCAGAGGGACACACAAACACAGACCUCAAACUUCCUCUUACAUUUUAUAGAAAUAACAUUUAACCACUUGAGUGCUGAAUUCUGCAGGAUAACUUGCUCUCUAAACCAUGUAAGGAAGUAUCUACAAUUUAAUAUAUACUUUUAAAUGAUGUAAGUCUUGUAUUUUGUAAUAGUAUGACUUAAAUUUAAGCAGCAAAGUGGUUAAACAUGCCUACCUAAAUAUUCUAAAGCUUUCCAAAUUAAGCUGUAAACAAGUAAUUUAGUAUUAAAAUUUUUGUUUUUUAUUUUCUUAUUCCUAUUCCCAUUACCCUUUGACCACUUGAAAUGUUUCCACUUCGUCCUCACGAUGUUCUUCUAUCAACCCUGCUUAGGAUGAGAACAAAUUGAGCAGUGCCAAUGGCCACGAAGAGCGCAGCAAGAAGUGAAAAAAAGAGCAAGAGCCGAAGUCGAAGCCAUGACAGAAAGAGAAGCAGGAGUAAGGAACGCAAACGGAGCCGGGACCGGGAGCGGAAAAAGAGCAGGAGCCGGGAAAGGAAACGGAGCAGAAGCAAAGAACGCAGACGCAGCCGGUCCAGGAGCAGAGACCGCAGAUUCAGAGGCCGCUACAGGAGCCCCUAUUCUGGUCCAAAAUUCAACAGUGCCAUCAGAGGGAAGAUUGGUCUGCCUCACAGCAUCAAAUUAAGCAGACGUCGCUCCAGGAGCAAAAGUCCCUUCAGAAAAGACAAGAGCCCUGUCAGAGAACCUAUUGAUAAUCUUACCCCUGAAGAGAGGGAUGCUCGAACAGUAUUCUGCAUGCAGUUGGCUGCAAGAAUUCGACCAAGAGACCUGGAAGAAUUUUUCUCUACAGUAGGGAAGGUUCGUGAUGUGCGAAUGAUUUCAGAUAGAAAUUCCAGGCGUUCAAAGGGAAUUGCUUAUGUUGAAUUUGUUGAUGUUAGUUCAGUGCCCCUGGCAAUAGGACUGACUGGACAGAGAGUCCUGGGUGUACCCAUCAUAGUACAGGCAUCACAGGCAGAGAAAAACAGAGCAGCAGCAAUGGCAAAUAAUCUGCAGAAGGGCAGUGCUGGCCCCAUGAGACUCUAUGUGGGAUCAUUACACUUCAACAUAACUGAAGAUAUGCUUCGAGGAAUCUUCGAGCCAUUUGGCAGGAUUGAAAGCAUUCAGCUGAUGAUGGACAGUGAAACUGGACGCUCAAAAGGAUAUGGAUUCAUUACGUUCUCAGACUCUGAGUGUGCCAAAAAGGCCUUGGAACAACUCAAUGGAUUUGAGCUGGCUGGGAGGCCAAUGAAAGUGGGACAUGUAACUGAGCGUACUGAUGCUUCCAGUGCCAGCUCCUUUUUGGACAGUGAUGAGUUGGAACGGACUGGAAUUGACUUGGGAACAACUGGUCGCCUUCAGUUGAUGGCAAGACUUGCAGAAGGUACUGGGUUGCAGAUUCCCCCAGCUGCACAGCAGGCUCUGCAGAUGAGUGGCUCUUUGGCCUUUGGAGCUGUGACAGAUUGGAGAAGAAUUGCUAGUAAUAAUGGUGGGGCCCAGAUAUUCCUGGAUGUGAUAUCCGACAAAUUUCUUCAUCAAACACUCACUGACUCAUGAAGAGGGGAUGCUAUUUUAAACUCAAUUUGGUAAGUAAUGAAGAUGUUAUGGAUGAGAAUAGAAAUGACCAUUGACUUGAGGGAUCACGAGUUGCUCAUGUUUAAAUGAAAGGGUAAACAAACAGGUCUGUAACUAAGGCUUGUGAUUUCAAAAGCAAUGGUUGAAGAAACAAGGCAGUAAAGUCAUCUGGUCUGAGCAAAUUGGGUGUUUGAACAGGCAGGAUGUGAGAAGUUUCUUCUGUUCCACAUUGCUAAUGCUGUAUUGGAUCUGUAUUCCACAGAAAGAAGAAAAAGCCCUGUUAGAAAUGGGCUCCACACUGAACCCGGGGGAUUAACUACCUCAAAAGAAAUUAGGAAUAAGCAUACAGCCUAUGAAAAAUAAGAAAAAGGACUAAUAACAAAAGAAUAUUUUUAGUUUGGGAAACAGAUAGAAAGAAAAUUACCUGCCAGCAGUCAAACUGAGCUAGACAUUGUAAAAUACAUGAAAGGAUAGAUGAAGGUUUACAACUCUUGGAGAACAAAAAGGAAGCAGGGCUCAGGUGAAUGAAAAACUACUCCCAAGGUAUUUCUAAAGUAUCUCAUUGCCUCAGUUUGUAGUGGGUACAGUGGUCAUAAAGGUUGGAAUUUGAGGAGGGUAAGCUAGGAAUAUGUAGUAAAAAAAAAAAAAUUAUUCCCAAGGUAGAAGCAAAGCUAAAAGAGCUGAGUGUAAACAGUUCAGAGGAGGAAGAAAACUCCCGUGAAAUGAGCGAGGGAAAAGAUGCUUGAAACAUGAGAUCUUAUCUCUGGUAUUGUCAAUAAACAUUUAAAGUCUGUGAUAUUGUGUGUAGCUGGAACAUAUAACUCUAAAUUACCUACACUCAAAAGAAAGGAAUUAAAAUGCCAUCUGGCCAGAUUCUGGUCCUGUUACUAUCUCGACUUCACUCCUUCAGAAGUCAUACUAAAGAAGGGGGAAUAUUAUGACAGUAUAGCAAACUGUCAGAGAAACUGCAUUUCGAGGCUAACAGUCCCUGAUGGAAGUGCCUUUCCUGGGCAGAGCAGCCAUAGCAGAGCUCUUCUCACUGAACUUUGGGCUCCUGUCAUGGGGAGUUAGUAAGCCAGAGAAGUGGGUAGCACAGGAAGUACAAGGUGUGUAAAGAAGCUGGCUCAGAGAAAGAGGGACUUUUUCCGGGUGAAAGCUGGGAAGGUUAAAGGCUGUUAUUGAAGCCAAAAUUCAGGUGUUGGGCUUAUCUUGUUUAGUACUUACAUGAAAAACAACGGUGAACAGUGGGGGUGAGGUGAGUGAACACAGAGGUGCUGUCAGUAAGAGGUUAUUGGGGUGUUACAUAUUGUCACCUCUUCGUGGUUAAAUCAAAUUCCAGUUCUGUAGCCUGGGAGCUGAGCAGUGAAAGGUUGCCCAGGAGGAGGAAAAUACCUAAAUAGUGCAGUUUGGGUGACAGGGUGUGACCUGGCAGCUGACGCACUGCCAAGGUCAGCUGUGUUCCUACAGGCAGGACACUGAGCACCUGAGCCACACACCCACAAACAGUUCUGAUCAGCCACCUUCAGGAGGGAUUCAGUCAAGCUAAAGUAGGGAAGGUAAAGAAUCAGGUCUGGAGACCUGAGAACUUGGCCAUUAUUCCCAUGGAAAAAAUUCCAGCAGGAAAAGGAAUUUAACGUAAAUAGUUGUAGCUGUGUACCCUGUUCUCUGUCUGAACAUGUGAAGCUUAAAAUAUUCAGGCUAUAGAACAUUCCUCUAAUGCUUUCUGGGGCAAAGUAUUCCAUCCUGGUGGAAGGAGCUGUCUGUUUUUGGAAGAGAUUGAGAUGGUGUGCUGCCCAAGAAGGAGGAAUAGGUGUUAUCAUAUGAGAUCUCUGUUUGGUCUCUGUUCUCUUCACAGUAAUGGCUUGGGACACUGGGCAUUACCUGCAGGCUUUGGCCUAUUUAAAGCCACCUGGAUUUCAAAAUAAACACACAACUUCGUUUUGUUUUUAGACACAAAGUGUUUGGUAGCUGUUUCUGUAUUUCUGCUUUCUCUGUGCACUGAACCUGUACUCCCAUCAUGCCAAAGAGGUUAUAUACAGAACAUACUGGAAAAGUUACUUAGAUCUGAACUUGACAGAUGUAUUAAUUUUAAUUUUCACAUAUUAUUUAAAACUACGUGUAGGGAAAGAGUUGACGGUAAAGAGAGACAAUGAAUUUGUAAAUUCUGAGUGAUUUUAGAAGGGAGAGGAAAGGACUAUUCUUCAGUCACGAGCAACAAGAGAAUUCAGUGAGCUGAUGAAAGAUUUGGUGAUCAGCGGGUUAUGUUUCAGAGGUGGUAGAUAAUUGAUGAAACUGUUGCACAAGACAGCAGUAGCUGAUUUUUUUUCUGUGUUUACAACUGUUCUGGCUCUUGGCCCUGGACAGAAUUUGCACUGGUGGUAUGUGCGGAUUUGGGGCAGGAAUUCUGGAGCAUUCGGCUCUAGAGCCCCAGCUGGCCCACACGGACAAGUUCAGCUGGACAUGAUGUGCCUGUGCAGUUGGGUCAGAACUGCAGAGGGAGAGUGUCUGUCCUCAUGGAAACUGAGGGAGUUCAGAGAUUUUAAACACCUUUGUUUUCAAAAGUAACUAGGUAAUUAGUUACAGAUUUGGCCAAAUCCAUGCAGUUUCUGCAGAGAAUACAGGCUAAGAUAGCCUUUGCUAUUAUGAUACUUCCACUCUAUGGAGGUGAGGUUUUCUUUGUGUUCAGAUCUGGAUGGAAAACAUGCCAAAUGUAGCCAGCUCUUGUUACAGCUUGGCCUUCAGAGCUUGCUCCUUCCAGUCUUGCUUUUCAGAAUGUGUUCUUAGGAAGGUAUUUGGGAAGGCACUUGAGGAAGACAGAGAGAAAAAAAAUCACUCCUGUUGGUGCUCCAGUGUUGUCGAGGAGAGUUUAUUAGAAAGGGAAAAAAUAUGUUCAUACUUGAUGCCCUCAGGUGUUCCCAGGUAAGCUUGGAAGCUUGCUUGGUGUCUAUCACUUUGCUGCUCUCUAAACCAGUGAAUUAAGAUGAUGGUUUACUUCAGCCUUCUCCUCGUGUCUCUGUGCUAAAUGGAACAUUAUUGAAGGGGCUUAUGCUUGCAGUUCUUGAAUUCUGAAGUUUGCUGUUCAUUUUGAGAUGUUGAGUGUUGAAGUCACGGCUAGAAAGUCUGCAUUUGUUUGGUCCCAUCACUUCCAGUUGGGACAGCUGUAUGUUGCUAAAUAAGUAAGUAGUGUUUUCUAGGCAAAUUAAAUAUUCUCAACUCUUGAAAAUGUUUUGAAUUUGAAAAAUACCGAAGGUUCUUUCGUCAUUGUGACAUCUAUAUGGAAAGAUAGCAGGGGAAAUAUCACCUCAUUCUACUCAAAAUGAAAUUUGAUAACUGCUUUGAGAAUGUCAGGUUUCUAUAACUGUGCUUAACUGCUUUCUGUUAAUAAAGAUUUCAAACCUCUAUUGCCUGUCAGAAUUGCUGUAAUUGUUUUCUCAUGGAAAUAAAUUGUAAAGAGUUCAAGCACAGCAAAGGCAAGAAGAGGAUGAUAAAUUGAAUUAAAGGACAUGGUCAUGUCCUUUAAGGUGUUGUUUCUCUUUGACAUACGCUUACCUUUGUGGUCAUGGAAUCUGUCAAGUACAGAAUCUCCCAGCUGAGGAGCUGAGAUUAGUGAAGGUACUCACAGCUAGAGAGGAACUGUGAGAGUGGGUUGAGGCACUUGAAUAAGCUCUUAACCACAGAAAUACAAGCUAAACAACCUGGCUGGCAGGCAGUGAUGCUACCAAGCAUACUAAUUAACUUCUCUGUAUUUUU